AUGCCUUCCCCCCAGGCCGAGGCGCCCUCACAGCUCGCUGUGCUGGGAGUGAUUGGAUUCUACAUGUUUGUGGCUAUCAGCAUGACGAUGCUGAACAAGCGUGUGUUGAGCUCCAAUCCCUUGCCAGUGUUCCUGCUCUUCUGUCAGUCAGCAGUAGCAGUGGGUCUCUUGUGGCUGGAGAACAAGGUCGGACCGUUCAAAACACCCAAAUUCGACAUGAAGAUAGCGAAGGCUUUGGUUCCGCUCACGCUUGUGAAUGUGCUUGGCCUCUGCUUCAACAACUACUGCCUGCAAUACGUCGAUGCAUCCUUCCAUCAAGUCGCCCGAGGCAUGGUCCUCCCUGCCACCAUCGUCAUCAGCAUGUUCGCCUUGAACCAACAUCCGUCAAGAUUGACCAUCGCUGCCGCCUCUGUAGUCACCGUCGGCUUCUUCUCUGGGGUUUUAUUCGAUCCCAAUCACGCAUCGUCCAAAGCAAGCGCGGCCGUAUCAAGCAGCGGACACGCCAACCUCGGCAUCAUGUUUGGCGCUCUGUCAAGCGUGGCUAGCGCUGGACACGCCGUAUUGAUCAAGCGUGGCUUGGCAGUUGUGAAUAACUCACCUAUGGCACUUUCGUACUACAAUAACAUCCUCUCUACGGUGUUUCUGCUACCACUCAUCGUUCUCUCUGGAGAGCUCCCGGGGACAGUACGGAUCUUCCAGGGCUUCGAGGCCAAGACCUUCAUCAUCGGUGCUUCCAUCACAGGCUUCUUUGGCUUCUUGAUCAGUCUUGCGGCUAUGCUGUCUAUCAAAGUCACAUCGCCAGUCACACAUAUGAUCUCCUCAGCGGUCCGCGGUGUCCUCCAGACAUUUUUUGCAGUCUACCUGUUUGGCGAUGUCGGCCGCAUCAUCUCGAUCUUCCUCAUAACCGCCGGCUCAGGUCUCUACGUCUAUGCCAAAAGCGAAGAAUCCAAGGCCACAGCGUAUCAGCCAGUCCCGCCUUCCUCGGACCCCAGAUCGCUCGAACGAGGUGUACCAGAAAAAGAGGUCGGGUAUGGAUUGGGGCUGGGGCUGGGGGAUGAGAAGGCGAAAAAUUCCAUGGACGGGAGAUAG